AUGCUUCAACUGCAGAGAAAGAAUUUUGUGUUAGUGAUUGUAGUUCGUGUAAAAAAGGAGCAACACAUAUUAGUGUGGAAUCUUCUGCAGAAUGAACAACAGAAGCAUGCAGUGUUGAAGUAUGGAUUUGACAUUGAUGAGUGCAGUGCAAAUGUAAGUGUUUGUCCAAGCCGUGAAAGUUGUGUCAACUCCCUUGGCUCCUUCGGAUGUAACUGUAAUUCUGGUUAUGAGGGAGACAACUGUACAGAUAUAGAUGAAUGUGGAUAUGCAAAUGACUGCGAUGUUAACGCGCUGUGUGGGAACACUGAGGGAUCCUAUCUUUGCACAUGUAAAACUGGAUACACAGGGAACGGAACUUACUGCACUGACAUUGAUGAAUGUGCUGCUGGAAAUUAUGCAUGUCCUUUAAGUUACCAAGACUGCGCCAAUUCCAUCGGAAGCUUCACUUGCUAUUGUAAAAGUGGAUACUAUUUGGAAAAUGACACAUGUAAAGAUACAAAUGAAUGUGAAUCUGAAACUGUUUGCGCAAACAAAGGUGAAAUGUGUAUCAACCUGGAAGGUUCAUAUGAAUGUCAGUGCAGACAUGGAUAUCAAAACACAAAAGGAACUUGUGCAGAUGUGAAUGAAUGUAUUACUCCAGACCUAAACAACUGCUCGCUAACUACAGCAAUCUGUUCCAAUUAUGAUGGAUCAUAUAUGUGCCAAUGCAAAGCAGGGUACUCAGGAGAUGGUGUGAAUUGUACAGGUAUGUCAUGCCAGCAAGAAAAAAUAACAAGAACAAUGCUUAUAGUAGCUAUUGACCAUAUUGCUAAUGGAGCAGCUCAGGCAGCAGACACCGGCAUUGCAUCAUCACACUUGACUGCAUUUGACAAACUUUGCCAGAAAUACCAAGAAGACCUUUACCAGUGUCCCCUUCAAAAUAACAACACUUUCAGGUGA